AAUCCCACCUAAUCCACUUUAGUUGCAUGUCAGUUUUACAAGAGAGGGAGGGAAAAAUAAUUGUGCAAUUAAAGGGAGCUUGAAUUCUUUUUUUUUCGGUUGCAAUUUAGGUGGGGGAAGAAAAGCCUGCUGGAUUUUCUCUUUCUUUUCUUGGCAAAAGAGAGAUUAAACUGGCGGGUUUAUAACUAAUUCCCCACGCGUCUUGCCCGAUGAUGCUUCCAAGCCCGGUCACGUCGACGCCAUUCUCGGUCAAAGAUAUUCUGAAUCUGGAGCAACAAUCGCGCCAGCAAGUGGCCCAUCACUUGCAGCAGGAUUUAUCGUCUCAGUUCCAGCCGCCGCCGCCGCCUUCGUGCAUGCACGCCGCCGGGGAGGCCUCCAGCUUUUCGGAUGGGGAGGAGAAAAUUCCCUUUUUGAAUUCUCUGUCAGUACAAGACAGUCAGGGGGACCCGAGCCUUUCCCCAGAGCUUUACGUUCACGCAGGACUGAGAAGCCCGUGUGAAACCAAAUUAGAUGAAGAGAUCCUACGAGAUGAGGUCAAGAAAAGCUAUUCCCUAAAGAAGUGCUCAGAGAGCGAGAACGUUAAAGCAGAGGAUGGUGAACGGCCGAAACAAAAGCAGAGAAGGAAACCCCGUGUGCUUUUCUCACAGGCCCAGGUGUUUGAACUGGAGAGGAGGUUUAAGCAGCAGAGAUACCUGUCUGCUCCCGAGAGAGAGCAUCUGGCCAACACUCUUAAACUGACCUCCACUCAGGUCAAGAUCUGGUUCCAGAACAGGCGCUACAAGUGCAAACGACAACGCCAGGACAAAUCUUUGGAGAUCGCGGGCCACCAUCACCCACCCCCGCCCAGACGGGUGGCGGUGCCCGUGCUGGUGCGAGACGGCAAGCCGUGCAUAGCAGGAUCCCAGAGUUACACCAGCCCUUACAGCGUCGGCGCAAACGCUUACGCCUAUAACGGCUACCCCGGCUCCUACGGCAGCUACGGCGGCGCCCCGGCCUACAACGCUAACUAUAGCUGCACCUACACAAGCAUCCCGUCGCUGCCGCCUUCCACGGCGUCCAACGCCUUCAUGAACGUGGACCUCAGUAACGUGAACGGCGCUGUACAGACGCAGUCUCACCCAGGAUCCUCUGUGCCCGCAUGCCAAGGGACUCUGCAGGGCAUCCGCGCCUGGUAAAGAACCAUGACAGACCAGAACUGUUGGCUGCCUUCAUUUGCUCUGAACUAUUUUUUAACUGUAGGUCAUUUGAAAAAAUCAAGGAAAGCUUAUUUUGAAGGAAAAAAAAACACUAUUAUGAUUCCCUUCCAAGACAAUCCUGGUUCAUUUCAGAUCCCUUUGGAUGCUCUCCGACAAAUAUUGCCCUAUGUUUUGUACAUUUUCUGUUAAGCCAUGUGAUUUCACACCCUGUCGUUCGAUUUAUAGUGUCCGACAGGGACUGGAGCACAGAUUGCCCUCCGGAUUCUGCUGUUCAGAAUUGUGUAGUUCGGCAGUAAUCCCCAAAAAGAGCCAUUAUGAAGAGCAGCAGAGAGAGAGAGAAAGAGAGAAAAGAGACACCGUCCUAUCUCGACUGUAGGUAUGGGAUUUUUUUAACAGAAGCGGAAAAGAGUGUUUCACACAUUUCAGGAAUCCUCAUAAUUCUAAGAGAAAGACGGUUGGAGAAAAGACUAUGCAUAAUUAAUACAAUGCAAGCUCAGAAAAGCGUCGGAGAUACCAGCGGAUUAGACUGUUCCUGAUAGUAGUCACUUUCUCUCUCUCUCUCUCUCUCUCUCUGCGCCUCUCUCUCUCCUCCCAGACCCGUUGACUAACUUUCUCUGUAUUCUAUCGUCGAUUUCCAGCAUCCACAGUAUGUUGCAUUUUCGUUCUGCUACAAACGUUCUGUUGACUCAUUCUGGGAGACGGGGCCCAAGUUUCUAAGGGUAGCAAUUCCACCCCCCCCCCCCCUCCCUCCCGUGCUGCCUUGAGAAGGCGGUGGCCUAGUCUUUAUGAACUGAAGCCGUUUGACUAAAAUAAACCACUUCAAAAGGCAGCUAAGAGUCAAUGCUGCUAUGGGAGUUGAGUCAACUUGUGACCAGGUAAAGUGCAUCACAAAACUAUAUAUAUUAACGAAUCUUCAUGGGUCAGUUUUGCUGAAACCAGUCCCUUUUUUAAAAUAAUGCUAUUAUUUCUACAUGUUGUAAACUAAGUUCAAAUUUUCAAACCACAAUGAGGUGGGGUGGCGGUAUUAUUAAUGUAACUGCCAAGCUACCCCUCCUCGAUAUUAGUAUUAGUUCGAACUGACCCUUCCACCGUGGAAUUCCGUUUUUGAAAUCCCACUUGGAAAAUCAGGGAUUUGCCUCAAACAUCUUCCAUCUGAAGUCUACGUUUAAUUUAAAUAUUUGACAGCACUGCUAAAGCAAAGAUUCCACUAGCUGUGAGCUAGAACUCUUUUUUAGGUGGGGCAAGAAAUAAACAAACAUAAAUAGAACUUUGGCCAAAAAAUCUCUCAUGUACAUACCGAGUAAUCCUCAGAAGCUCUCACUCUAAUUUGUACCAUAAUGGCGAGUGUUAACAUUUCAGUGGCGUGUAUAAAGUUAUGUAUAUAGCAAAGCUUAUUGUUCGUGAAGGAUUCCCCCUCCCCCGUCCCCAGCUUGUAUAAUACUCUGCUAUUCACAA